AUGUCCUCAUCUGUAAGGGGGCGAGUGGGACAUCCAUCAACGUUAACCCCAUCAACCCGAUCAAACUCCCGUGUGAAGAAGAGUACCAACAAGGGUAUAAGUAAAGAUGAACAAAUAACAUUAAAACUCACAGAUCUCCAAAUGGAAUUACUCCAUCAUAAAGUGCGGCUUAUAGAGAAACUACUCGAUGUUCAUAUGCAUGAUAUACUUUCCACCUCCUUUAGUGAACUUCGACGAAAAGAACGAGAAAAGCGAUUUGGUCGGGUCUUUCCUUCACCCAAUUUGCCUCUACAACAACACGAGUAUGAGGUUGGACCAAAGUAUAGUGUCGGAAACCCCUCUUCUUUUUCUUCUUCUUCCAGAGAUCCCACUCGAAAAUCCAAUCAUCGUAAACAAACCGAAAGAACCGAAACUGGAUUAUAUCCUCAUCAUUCUCAUAAUAAUAAUAAUAAUAAUAAUAAUAAUAAUAAUAAUAAUAAUAAUCAUAAUCAUAAUCAUAAUAAUACUAUCCGUGGUUCUUCCACAACUGUGUUGAGUUCAGACUUGGAAGAUGUGAUGCGACUUCGACUGCGGGAUGCGUGCCGGGCGGAUGCGGCUCUCGCGUUGGAGUUGUGGUUCACAUCCCCGCGAGAUGAGGGAUUUGUGUUUGCGGCCCUGCAGCGAUUGGCCUCCUUUUCGACGGAAGAGGCCCGGCGGGAAGUGCGGGCCGCAGUCGCGCAGUUUAUUAAUCCACACCUGCAGGCACUACAGCAACAGAAGCGAAAAGAAAAAGAAAAAGAAGAAAAAGAAAUGGUUUAUCAUCGUGGAUUACUGACGAGUGUGGAGUGGGCGGUACGGCGGGCAGUAGAGAAAAAACGAAAGGAACAAGAACAACAACGCACCGCACGUGCAGAACUGCAGCAGGCGGAUCGUCUCCAUCGUGUACAUUUGGCCUUUUCACAAUUGAAGAAAGAUGUGGGAGAUGUUGCCUCACUUCGGUAUGUAGUCCCUGUGCGGUAUUCAAGAUGUGAGGAAGUGUGUAAAUGGACAGAACUCCAACGUUUACGUGGACGAGUCCAGCAGAAUCGUGUGUUGGAAAAAGAAUUACAACAGCAAUUAGAAUCUGCACGUGUGGAAAGUGAUGAACGGGUGUUGGAACUGCAGAAGGAAGUGGAAUCACUGCAAACAGCCAAAACACGUCUCUUGCAGAAUAUCUCGUUAAAGCAAUUAGACUUGGAGGAAGUGCAAAUCAUGGAUAGAGAAGGAAAAGGAGGAAAAGGAGCAUCGUGGGCAGCAGAGACACUGCGAAUAGAAAUGCAGUUAACAGAAGCCAUAAGAGAAGAGCAGCGAUUAAUGUUCGCAUGUGAAGAGGCAAGAAGACGUUUGCAGAUGUUAACAGCAGAGAAGAAUAGAAUAGAUACGGCAAUGGCGAAUGAUGAGGCGGAACUCACUGCAGUGUUAACAGAAAAGGAUGAAAUCACCACCGUGUUAACACGAGCUGUACAGAAAACUAAAGAAACUGUUGUUUAUAUACGACAGGCACAAAUGGCGGUAGUGCGAGAAUUAAAUAAUUUGCAAGAACGAAUGUUAUCCUAUCGAAUAAAUAAUGAAAUGUCAAAUGUAAAAUUUCUUAAAACUCGAAUGUUAGUGGCUAUUGCACAAUUAGCCGUGGAGGAUUUACUGCACGCACGUCUCACCGCCCAAGUACAAUGGCAACAGAAGGAAUUACAUACAUUGCAAACGAAUACACCCAAACAAACUAUAAUGAAAGACUUUGCAAAAGAAGAAGAAAUGGGAAAGUUUGAACAAGUUGUAGCGUUAGCAAAGGAAUUGGCACGAUAUAAGCCUCUUCCUUCUUCCUCUUCUUCCUCUUCUUCUUCUUCUACACAUCCAACCAUAUCUAUACAAGGACGAAAUGCCAUGUAUAUUCAAGAUCGUAUUGUUGAAUCGCAUGAUGCUUGUAUGCGACUUCGUAUGGAUAUUGCCAAUACCCGAAGUUUAAGAGAAAAAGAACUUUUGACAGCACAGAAACGACAAGAAUUAUUAAAUUAUCAAUUAACGGAAUGGGAAUUGCGGGAAGAGGCUCUUCUCUGUACACCCAUACAAACUAUAUCGUUAACGGCUCUCUUACAUCCCCCAUUGCCCUCUCCACUUCCAACAGCAGCGGCACUUGUAAAGGAUGCGAAAAGUCUCUAUGCGGCCCUUACACACAUUUUACAUUGUAAAGGCCGAUGUAAAGCUAUUCUGCAGUUAUUGCAGAAAUACAAUGAUUUCCACAGACAUGGAGAUGUUGGAAUGCGGCGACUUCCCUUUCGUUCAGCUUCACUCACAACAUCCACUUCCACAUUACGAAGAGGAAAUAUACGAUCUGGAACCAUAGCAUCAACAACAACAACAGCAAGAGGAAGUAGUUAUCAUCAAAUAACAUCUCCUUCUCACUCUGUGGAUCUCUCUAUUAGUCCAUCACUUGCAACAUCUAUACUUCCAGUACCUCUCACUCCUAGAGCAGUAUAUCGAAAGAUGGUUCUUCAAUUUAUUAAGAAUGAAAUUCAACCAUUGUAUGAUGCCAAUCAAAUUUCACGUGUACGUUUCAUAGAUGUAGUGGAACGGGUCUCGCGUUGGUUUCUUGAAACCCACACACAACCCACGCCUAUAUUAACAGAGAGUGAUCAACAAUUACUUUGUCAACAAAUACAGUCAACAUUAGUCUGGCAGGAUGAACAGCGAGGUAUGAAACGUACGGCGUAA